CGCGCUGGUGCAUGAAGACUAGAGUUUAUCCGGUAAAAUUAUACAACAAUACCAGGUUGUUUUCCAAUAUGAUGCUCUUCCUUGUAUUAACGUGUUGGAUUGGCAUUGCUGCUGGUGUUGAUGAAGAGGAUGAUGAGAUUGAGUCGCUAACCGUGACUGAAGGUGGAAACCUCACCAUCUCUGUUCACAUAGAGAAAUCGGACGAAGACCCUCAGGUUUUGGUGACUCGUCUCAAAGGCUCCUCGCAGGAACCGAUAGCGCAGGUAUUCUGUCAUAACGGAGCCUGUGCUCAGAAGUGCUGGAGACCCGGAGUUUCUCUCGUAUCUGAUGGAGAGAAUACAACUCUGAUCCUGAUGAACGUCAGCUACAAUCAAACGGGGCUUUACAAGGUCUGCAAACUGAGCAGUAGACAACCGCAAAACAAGAUCUACAAGCUUACAGUGUAUCAGCCUCCACUCAGGACCAUCAGCACUGAACAACCAGCAUCUGCCGUGCACAGUAAAUCAUUUACUGCAGGCAUAAGCACAGCUGCAGUGGUCCUCGUUUUACUGGUCAUCAUUUGUGCUGUUACUGGUGUCAUUUAUAGGAAACAUGAAAAGGCAAGUAUCAUUGCAGAGCAAUUUAUCUUAACCUGCCUCGUCCUAAUUUGAUGCUGCAUUCAAAAAUAUCAAUUAAAACUAUCCAUCAUGUACAUUUUACAAAGUAAGAAUGAAGAUAGUAAAAAAAAACAUAAAUGUAUCAGCUUAAAUGCAAAAUAACAAAAGCAGUCAAAAGU